AUGUCCUACUCCACAGACCUACAGCGGGUUCCUAGGUACUUGAGAAGCCCCGGCGACGAUGGCUACCGGACACCAACGAUCGAAGAUGCAGAGCGGACUCUUGCUGUUCUGGGCGUAGCGGAUGCUCCUUGUCUGGGUAGCAGUAGCAAUGCCCGCCAGGUUCAUACAUCUGCAUUGGAAGCCGCUUUUUACAAAGUCGCUUCUCGAGCGACCGACCAGACAAGUGAUAACAAGAAUUUUAGCCAUUGCGUGGAUCGUGAUGGCGCAGAACUUACUCGGAAAGUGACGGAUGCUUCGGCGUCGAGUCUUAAAUGGAAGAAGCGUAUUCGUCAUGUUACUUGGGCAUAUUUUACCUUGACGAUGGCUACUGGGGGGUUGGCGAAUGUGUUGUAUGAAGUCCCUUAUCGCUUCCGCGGAUUGGAUACAAUUGGAACGGUCAUUUUUCUGAUCAACAUUGCUCUGUACCUCUUCAUCUGGGGGCUUCUGUUAGCCAGAUUCUACCACUACCCGUACACCUUCAAAGCAUCAUUUCUACAUCCCACCGAGUCGCUAUUCGUUCCUGCUUGUGUCGUCUCCUUUGGCACUAUCCUAAUCAACAUCUCCCAAUAUGGACCUGAGAAUACCGGCCCCUGGUUGAUGGAAGCCGUCGGGAUAUUAUUCUGGAUUGAUGCUGUUCUUGCUGUGAUAUUCUCUGCAGGCAUCUAUCUCGUUCUGUGGUCCACCCAGACCUUUACUAUCGCCCAAAUGACUCCGAUUUGGAUUUUCCCCGCCUACCCCAUGCUUAUCAUAGGUCCUCACGCCGGAAUCCUGAGCGCAAAACUCGAACAGGCUCGCUCCCUACGCAUUAUUAUCGGAGGAACAACCAUUCAAGGCGUUGGGUUUCUAGUGUCGUUGAUGGUCUACUCGGCCUUUAUCUAUCGACUCAUGACCCAAAAGCUUCCCAAGGAAAAUAUUCGCCCAGGAAUGUUUGUUUCUGUGGGACCUAGUGGCUUUACUGUCGCGGGAAUUGUGAAUAUGGCAGCUUCGGCGAAGCGUUCAUUCCCAGCGGAUUUCAUGGGAAAUGGAGAACUGGCUGCUGAUGUAUUAAGGGUGGUGGUUGAUUUUGCCGCAUUGUGGCUAUGGGGGCUGGCAAUCUUCUUUUUCAUCAUUGCAAGCGCAGCACACUGGUCUGCUAUCGGCCCAGGUCGAAUGGUCUUCUCAAUGACUUGGUUCUCGUUUGUUUUUCCAAAUACUUCCCUGAUUACUGCGACAUUUGCCAUCGGCAAGGCAUUCUCUUGCAAGGCGAUUAAUAUCGUUGGAUGUGUGGCAAUUCUCCCAUUGAUACUCAUGUACUUCUUUGUAUGCUACAUGAUGAUUCGAGCUAUUGUCACACACCAGAUUUUGUGGCCGCAAAAGGGAGAAGAUAGAGAUGAGGGUGGGUUUGCGAUCCAUCAGGUUCAGCCCGAUGCAGAGAUGUCCGAUGAGACCAAUAAAUCAUCUGUGUGAAAGGAAUGUCAUAAGCUGCAUCACCCAGAUAUUCAACACGUUGAACGCACAUACAUGAACAACCUUUGUUUUUUUCCAAAGGCCGCAGAGAACUCCCCAAGCUAAACCC